AUGGGGAUGAUCUCUAGCAAUAGUCCCCGAGCUGCGGAACAAGCCAACGGAAAUUACGGAAUGACGACCUUUGCUCCUUUCGACGAUGUAGCCGCCGGAAAGAUUCUGUACGCAGUUUGGAUCGCGCUUAUCGAAGGGCAUUCACGGCUUUCACUACAUUGUGAAUCCGAGCCAUCUCUUCUGAGCAAGGCGCUAAUGAUAACCCCCUGCAUCUCCCGCCAUAUUAUUCCCCUCGCAGGCUGCUGGAGUAUGAAGACAUGUGGGAUCAACCUCCAUUUCUCCAACACAAUCGCCCUCUCUCCUCCCCCGAAGUCACAAUCAAAGCCUCAAACCAAUCUCAUCUCUUAA